GUGCCAGUUGGGACAUUGUCGCAAAUCUACCUACACAAUACAUACAAUUAACAACAAUAUAUUUUUUUUCAUAUUACAAAAUAUUUUUAUUAAAGUUCAUACCAAUUUUUUCUUGGUAUUUAAUUUUGUUGUACCUUGUUUUUUCUAAGUGAUUAUUUGGAUAUUUGUUUUUAAGUCAAAUUGGAAUUAUAACCAAAUACACACAUAUAUUUUUUGGACCUUUCCAAUUUCAUUCAUAAUAAAAAACAUUAACAAAAAAUGAUCAAUAGAACCUGACGAUUAAUAUUGCUCGUUAUAAAAUUUUCAAGGAGGGCAAUGGUGCACCUCCUUUAGCUUUGAUAUGGUAACUAUGAGCUCCGAAAAAUCCGCCACCCGGCGAAAACCCAAUGAGACUGGUGAUGGCUCUUCAUCUAAGGGCUCAAAUGAAAAUUUAAAUGCCGUUAAUAAAAAUAGAUUUUCAACUGGUAUAUUUUAUGGUGAAUCAACAACGAAAACAACAUCAACAUCAACAGAUACUUCAAAUUGUAAAACAACUGAUGUACCAAAAUCAGUUGUAACAUGUCCAGAUGACAGUCCAAAUUAUCUCGUUUAUAAAAAGAUGGAAUCUAUCAUUGAAAAAAUGCUUGAUGAAACAAAUGGAGUGCCAGUUAGAACAAUAAAGAAUUUCAUAACAAAAAUACCAUCAGUAUUUACUGGUAUGGAUUUAAUAAGUUGGAUGGUUAAAAAUAUGGAUAUUGAUGAUCAAGAGGCACUUCAUGUUGCUCAUUUAAUGUCAUCACAUGGUUAUUUAUUUCCAAUUGAAGACCAUUCAUUGCUUAUUAAAAAUGAUCAUUCAUUAUGUCGUUUUCAAACACCAUAUUUUUGGCCAUCAAAUUGUUGGGAACCAGAAAACACUGAUUAUGCUGUUUAUUUAUGUAAAAGAACAAUGCAAAAUAAAGCAAGAUUAGAAUUAGCUGAUUAUGAAGCUGAAAAUUUAGCUAAAUUACAAAAAAUGUUUUCAAGAAAAUGGGAAUUUAUAUUUAUGCAAGCUGAAGCACAAAGUAAAGUUGAUAAAAAACGUGAUAAAUUAGAACGUAAAGUACUUGACAGUCAAGAACGUGCAUUUUGGGAUGUUCACAGACCAAUGCCUGGUUGUGUCAAUACUACAGAAAUGGAUAUAAAAAAAGCAUGUAGAACUAAAAAACCAAUAAAAGCAAGUAAACAUUCACAACUUGGUGUUGCUGGUGGUAGAAUAUCACCAACACACACUGAUAUGCCUAUUAAUCGUUCAACAGAAGCUAUGAAAAAGGAAAUUGAUAUUCUCAGGCAACGUUUAGACAGAAGAAAUAUCAAGAUAUCAAAAGUUGCUGAAGCAAUGAUUGGAUACUUUGAACAAUACGUUGAAUAUGAUCCAUUAUUUACACAACCAGAGUUUUGUAAUCCAUGGAUAUCAGACAAUGUAGAAUUAUGGGAACAGGAAAAACUUGCAAAAGAUAUAUCAGCUAGAAAAGUUAAACGUUGGGCAUUUAGUCUUAAAGAAUUAUUACAAGAUCCAGUUGGUCGUGAACAAUUUGAAAAAUUUCUUGAUAAAGAAUUUAGUGGUGAAAAUUUAAAAUUUUGGGAUGCUGUACAAAAUUUAAAAACAUUACCACAACGUCAUGUACAAGCUAAAGUACAAGAAAUAUGGAAUGAAUAUUUAGGACCAGAUGCUAGUUGUCCAAUAAAUGUUGAUUCAAGAUCAUUUGAAAUGACAAAAAAAAAUAUUGAAGAACCUGAUCGUUGGUCAUUUGAUGUUGCUGCUGCACAUGUUUAUCAUCUUAUGAAAAGUGAUAGUUAUUCACGUUAUUUACGAUCAGAAAUGUACAAAGAUUUUUUAAAUGGAUCUAAAAAAAAGGUUCUUCGUUUUCCAUUUAAAUUGUAGAUUUCUGUCAAGGGAAUUCGUAGUAUUGUAUCAUUUCCUGGAAAAAAAGAAAGUUCAUCAACGUAAUUUACAGCCAAAUAAAUGCCUUUAAAUGGUGUUUUUUUUUUUUUUUUUAUUAAUUCACUCUUAAACACUUCUUACAUUCUUGAUUAAAAAUGUAUUUUCAAAAAUUCAUUGACAAUCCACUAGACAUAUGCCAUUUUUCUUUUGAAAUACGAAAGAGACAUAAAAACCAGCCAGGUUUAAUCAUUGAUUUAAAUUUUUAUUUAUGUAAUUAACGUAAAAAAAAUGAUACAAAUAUUGUGGUAAAAAAAAAAAACUUUGAAAAUGUUUUUUUAAUUUCGAAACGAUUUUUUUUUCCGCACUGUUUCUUUAUAGUAAGUUAAUUUU